CUCUCCAGUUCCAUUUUUCUUUCCCCUCAGAUUUUUGACCCGCCGGAGGAGCUGGAGAGGAAAGUGCGGGCGUUAGCAGACUUGAUAAGGGGUUCUUCCAAUGUAGUGUUUCACACCGGAGCUGGGAUCAGUACGGCUUCCGGAAUCCCUGACUUCAGGGGGCCCAAUGGCGUAUGGACUAUGGAGGAGAGGGGAUUGUCCCCCAAGUUUGACACUACCUUUGAGAACGCGAGGCCUUCCAAGACCCACAUGGCGCUGCUGGAGCUGCAGAGAGUCGGCAUCUUGAAGUUCCUGGUCAGCCAAAACGUGGAUGGCCUGCAUGUGCGUUCUGGAUUCCCACGGGACAAGCUGUCCGAGCUGCACGGGAACAUGUUUGUGGAGGAAUGUGUGAAAUGCGGCAAGCAGUACGUGCGGGACGUUGUCGUGGGCAGCAUGGGCCUCAAGCCGACAGGCAGGCUGUGCGAUGUCUCCAAAGCAAGAGGGCUUCGUGCCUGCCGAGGAAAGUUAAUAGACACCAUUUUAGACUGGGAAGAUUCUCUGCCUGAUCGGGACCUCAGCCUAGCAGACGACGCCUGCAGGAAAGCUGACCUAUCAGUCACUCUGGGGACCUCUCUUCAGAUCAAACCCAGUGGCAAUCUCCCGCUGCUCACUAAAAGGAAAGGAGGGAAGCUGGUCAUAGUAAAUCUGCAAGCAACGAAGCACGACCGGCAAGCCGACCUGCGCAUCCACGGCUACGUGGAUGAAGUCAUGACAAAGCUGAUGAAGCAGCUUGGUCUGGAGAUCCCCGAGUGGACGGGGCCGGCGGUGGUGGAGAGUUCUGAGCUUGUGAAGCCCGAACCAGCCCUAAAACUCGACCCGGACGCUCAGCGCCCAGCCAAGGAAGAACCCUGCUCCCACCACAAUGGCACGGCAGAGGGGGCUGACGGGAUACGCCCGGGGCUCGGCACGGCACGCGAGGAGCACUGUGACGGUCUGAAGCAGGAAUGUCCUGGCUCAGGCCACAGUCCCGUAGCAGCCAAGAGAGUAAGAGUGGAGUCGCUGCUCACCUGACUUACACAUGUCUUUGCUGUUCGUCGUUUGUCUUAGCAGUUAGCCUGGGCCGCUUUUCCUACUGUCCUUUUUAUACCUUGAAAUAUCACCCCCCCCCUUUUGUAAGUAUUAAAUAUACUUCAAUGGUGA